AUGUCAGUGAUCGGCAUUUCGCCCAGUGAUAUUGUCGGAGGGGUGCGAGUUGCGACCAAAGCCAUAGGCGCUCUGAAAUCAGGCACAGGAGCACAGGCACAAUACCAAGAAAGCAAGCAAAGUCACGAUGAACUCCAUACCGCUGCCCAAGCCCUUUCUGCGACCUUCUCGUCUCUCGACGUCCCAAGCGCGGCUUCUCUGGGUCAAUCCUUCGAUCAAUUGCUGAAAACCCAUCAGCUGCGGCAGAAAGACAUGCAGAAGUACGAAGAGGCUCUAGGUCAGGGCUCGUCUUCCAAAAAGACACGCGGAAUACCACAAAAAUUGCGGUGGGUGUUUCACGGAGACAAGGAACUACGUGAAUCGGACGCAAGAAACAGGCCGGCCGUGGAUGCCGCGAUUUUGAGAACUCUCCAGUGA